AUGGACUUCCCAGCGCAGUAUCCGGACUCGCCCGCCAAGCCCAUGGCGGGCCCUGCGCGCGCACGCGUCCUGGCUCGUCAGAAUCGCACAUCCUCCUUGAAGCCCUACUCUCGCCCUUCGUCCAUGAUCGUCGCUUCCGGCUCUAGCUCCUCUCUCCACGCCGCCGCCGCCACCGACUCCGACUUUUCGCCAGCACAGCCCUCCACCCCAUCCGCCAAGACGCUCGCACCCCCCGUCGACCCAGCAACGGCCGCGCGCUCCGCCUUCUCGCCUCUGCGCGUCGCCGCUUCCCCCAUCGCUCUCCUCGGCAGCGUUCGCAAGAUGGUCACAAAACCGCUCUCCUGGCUUACAGGCGCAGCUGCUGCCACCGCCAGCACCGUCGAACAAGACCUCGGCAUCCCCACCUCGUCCAGCACCAACUCGCUCUCCUCCAUCGCCCGUCGCCGCGCAGCCGCACAGGCUUCGCUGCCUCCGCGCUCGGACCAAUCCAACUACGAGCGCGACGCUCCCACACGAGCCGCAAGGGCCGUGGGUGAGCGCCUCGCCGCCGGUCUCCGCUCCCGCUCCAACUUGCACGACGACGAAGAGAGCCAGCUUCAUCCUCCGACAUCCACCCUCCCGGCCUCCGCCUCCAUGUCCCACCUCGCCCCGCCGCCCGCUCGCAAGCGCUCGUCGCUCGCUCCCCUCAGCCCGCAACCAGGUCCCUCCUCGCUGCCCACCUCGGACGCUCCUACCGACGCCGACAGACCAUCCUCGUGGAACACCCGAAGCUCCAAGCGCACGCUCGACGUCGCGCCCCGCUCCGGGGACGCCAACCGCUCAGUCGAAGUACUCAGCGACGCCGGUCGUGCCUCUCCCGGUCCGGCGCUCCACUCCAGGAGCUACACCACGCUGCGCAGCCCUCGCUCUCAGCUGCUCGCCCUGCGUGGCUCGUCGCUCCGUCCCGACGACGCCAUGUCCGAGUCCGGAUCCACUUCCUUGAGCCACUCCAACUCCUUCAGCGCCUUUGGCACCGCCUUUGGCUACGGCAACGAGGUUCGCUACGCCGACAGCGGCUUUGGCCUCCCGCCCUCCAGCUCGCCCUUCCAGCUCUCGUCGCGCAACAGCCUCUACCGUCCCAGCCGCUCCACCCUGCGCUCCGGCCUCUUCUCCGACGCCGGUACCCCAGGUCGCACUUCGCGCGCCGGCAGCGUCGGCCUCAGAUCUGCCUCCCCCGCCCUCUCGGCUACCAACUCGCCCGCCACCAGACGCAACUGGAACGCCAUCAACCUCGCGGCGCCGUCCAACCCGUCGUUGGGCGACGAGCUGAUGCGCGAAUACCUUUCGACUCGCACGCUGCCUGGUGUCAAUCCCACCGUGCGCCGCAGCUUGGGUCUGCCCGUCGACGAUCCCAUGGCCACCUCGUCUGUCGCAGGCGGCAGCGUCAUGGACGAGACCGAGUCGCUCACCCCGAGUCGGCUCGGCAAGCGCGACAUCGACAUGAGCGUCGAUGGCGACUCGGCUGCCACGGGAACGCCAUCCAAGCGAAGGAUGGUGUGGCAUCCCGAGCUGGGCUUCAUCAGCCACGAGGAGCUCAAGGCAAGAGAGCCCAAGCCGCCCUCACCCAAGAACGAGGCCGAGCGCCUGCUCAAUGUGCUCGAGACGCUGCGCAAGCCCACCGCCACCGCACGAGGCGUCGGCGUCGGCUUCUCCAAAGGCCCGCCCACCUCGAUCAACGUGCCGGCGCCCAUCUCGGAUGCACCUGCGUCGGCGGCCAGAAAUGCAAAGUCGCACGAGGCCAAGCCCACCGUCGGCGUGGCCCCCUACACCCGAUAUCUGCGAAAGGCAAAGGCGAUCCAGUCCAGCGCCGACGAUCAGGGCGGCAUGCGCGCCAGGCUCAAAAAGACGCGCGCCGACGAGGCCCAGAUGGACACGGACCCUACUGACACCGACGGCUCUGUAGUGUCCGACAACGAGGAGAUGCACUCGGAGCAUGCAGAAGACGAGCCUGAGCAGCCGGUGUCGCCUCCACCGGAGCCGAUUCGUCGAUCGCGACGUCUUCAGAAGCAGACGCCCAUGGCUGACGCUGCAGUGCAGACGCCCGUCAAGGUCGACGACAAAGGAGCUGCACGCACGACGCAGCUCAAGUCGGCACUCAAAGCCACGCCGCUGCGUGCUGCCCAGCCCGUUGCGCCCGUCGAGACGCCCAAGCCCGCUUCGCACCGCAUUGCGCUUUCGGCUGCCAACAAGGCGCCCGCCACCGCGGUCAAGAAGGACAACUUUGCCGUCAGGACCACCAACGACGCUUCGGCGCCGCGCGAAAAGAGCUCGCUGCGCCAAGGAGCUGCCAAGACGUCGAGGACGCAUCAGAGCUCCGGCAAGUUCAGCGCCUGGGACGAGGAUGAGGAGGAUGACGGCCUGCCCGACGCCACCGAGCUCGCCAAGAUCAAGCUGCCCACCAACAUGUUCCCCUCUGGCUUUUCGUUUGGCGGCAAGCCCGCGGACUCGACCGAGGCUGCCAAGCCUGCCAACGAGGCUCCCAAGACCACUUCGGCUACUGCUCCUGCUCCUGCUGCUGCUCCUGCUGCGGCAGGCGGUUCGCUGCUGGGUCGACUCGGAGGCUUUGACUCGGCAUCCAGCGAGAAGGAUGCGCCCAAGCCGACCGCCUCGGCCCUCUCAUUUUCCUUCCCGCCCACCGCCAAGCAGACACCGGCCGAGCCGCCCAAGUUCAGCUUUGGCGCGGUCGCCAGUGGUGCCAAAGACGACAGCACGCAGAGCACGCAAAAGAAGCCCACCACCGCACCGCCCGCAUCCGACUUCUUCAGCAAACCCGCCGAAGCUUCAUCGGCUUCGCUGGCUGACGGCAAGAAGGACGGUCCCGUACCCAACUUCUUCGGCAGCACCAUGAAGAAGUUCGAGCCCCAGGCGGAUGCGGCGCCUGCAGCUAAGCCGGCGCCAGCCGCGGGUGGGUUCUCGUUCGGCGCGCCAGCGGCAGCGGCCAAGGAUGGCGCAGCCAAGCCGGCCGAGACGCCGUCGCCGUUCGGCGGGUUUGGCGCCAAACCCGCCCAGCCCGCUCAGCCCGCCCAGCCCGUGCAGGCUGCGGAGGAGAAGGAAACGGCUGCUGCGCCAGCGAGCAAGCCGUCGUUCUUUGGCUCGACGAGUACCGGUUCGGGCGGAUUCAGCUUCGGCACGCCUUCGACCUCGGCAUCGACGGGCUCCAAGCGCGGUGCAGAGGAUGACGAGCCGCCGGCGAAAAAGAGCAUGCCGAGCUUUACGUUUGGAGCGCCCGCUGCAUCCAAGCCCGAGCCUGCUGCGUCUGCCGUGCCUGCUGCGUCUGCCUUGCCUGCGUCGAGCGGGUUUAGCUUUGGCUCGCCUGCCCCCACGGCUGCACCGGCGGCAAAGAAGGACGAGGCACCACAGAGCAGUGUGCCGAACUUCUUUGGCAAGGGCGACAGUGGCGAGGCGGCAAAGAGUACUCCAGCAGCGACAUCGUUUUCGUUCGGAAAGCCUGCGGGUGGUGCCGAGUCGGCACCUGCGUCGACGAGCAACUCGGCGCCUGGGUCUGGAACGAGCACGCCCACGUUUUCGUUUGGUGGCGCUGCGAGUGGCGAUGCUGCCAAGCCAGCGGGAGGCUUUUCGUUUGGAGCUGCGGGUAGCGUAGGCAGUGCGUCGACGCCUGCGGCCGGUGGAUUUGGUGGAGGGUUCAGUUUUGGAGCGGCCAAAUCCGCCACACCUGCCACACCAGCUGCGGCAUCAGUGACGACGCAGGGAGCGGGGGAGAUGAUGGAUGAUUCGCCGCAAAAGACUUCUGGCGCGCCGACGUUUUCGUUUGGAUCGGCCACUCCCGCUUCGACGCCAGCCAAGCCUGCAGGAGGGUUUACAUUUGGAUCUCCUGCGCCUGCGCCUGCGAGUGCUGCACCCGCAACCAGCGCUGCCUCGACGGGCUUUACUUUUGGAGCGCCUGCUGCUGCGGGCAGUGUGGGAGGUGGCACGUCGACGUCUGCCUCCGCUGCGCCAGCGACGAGUUCCGCUCCGACGACGAGCUUUACAUUCGGUGCUCCUGCAGCGAGUGCGGGGGGUAGUGGGGGGACGUUCCGAUUUGGAUCGCCUGCACCUUCCCCCGCACCGCAGGGGUUCACGUUCGGUGCUGGCGGGUCGACGACGCCGGGGGUGGGAUCUGCACCUGCAUCGCCGUUCCUCGCACCGGCUGCUGCACCCACCACGCCUGGUGGAUCACCGUUCCAAUUCGGCGCCCCAGCACCGCCAGCAGGAUCGAGUGCACCGUUUCAGUUUGGAUCCCCCGCCGCUGCUGCACCUGCACCUGCACCUGCGGGACAGUUUGGAUUUGGAUCUUCCACCCCGACCCCCGCGACAGCACAGGGAUUCGGCGGAGGUGGAUUCGGUACGCCGUCCACGCCCAGUGGAGGAGCGGGUGGGUUUACGUUCGGAAGUCCUGCAGGGGGGAUGGCGGCGCUACCCCAGAUGCCACAGACUGCCCAGCCGGGACUGUUCAGUAUGGGUGCCCCGCCUGCUGCGAGUCCGGCGGCACAGGGUGCGCGCCAGAUCAAGCCGCUCCGCCAGAGGAGGCGCUAG